GGCAGCUGAGGCGGUAGCUGAGGUGGCGACAGAGGAAGCAGAAGAUGGCAGAUUUUUUGAAAGGACUGCCCGUCUACAACAAAAGCAAUUUUAGUCGAUUUCAUGCUGACUCUGUGUGUAAAGCCUGGAAUCGACGCCCCUCAGUCUACCUGCCCACGCGGGAGUACCCAUCCGAACAGAUCAUUGUGACAGAAAAAACGAACAUCCUUUUGCACUAUCUACAUCAGCAAUGGGACAGAAAGAAUGCUGCCCAGAAGAGAGACCAGGAGCAAGUGGACCUUGAGGGUGAGAGCUCGGCUCCCCCAUCCCCAUCGCAAAGUCGCACGGACUGA